GAGGACUCCGGCCCGGGGAUGCACGGCACUCGACUUGACAGCUUCCUGGGCCAGCUCCGCUGGGAACUGCUGUGUGGCCGGGACACGGGCUCACCCCAGAUGCCGGGUUCCGUGCGUCCAGCCUCCAAGCCUGGCCCAGCUGUGAGACCCGGCCACCAACUCAGGGCCUCAGAUGCCUCGGAAGAGGACUCCGCCUGCUGCGUGGAAGAGGAGGAGGAGGAAACUGUGAUGACUGGGGACAGGGGCGCAGCCUUGGGGGGACCCAGGGAGCACACCCUAGACUGGGACUCUGGCUUCUCAGAGGUAUCGGGGAGCACCUGGCCAGAGGAAGAGCUGUCCUUACUCCAGCGCCCAGUACCCCGAGCUCGGGCCGCCCCCAGCCAGCGACUCUCAGCCCACGGCCUUCCCUUGCCAAGCAGAGCUUCUUUGGCCAGUGCACCGCCCGCCCAACGACCGAGGCCCAAAUCCACUCCGGACGCCUGCCUUGAGCACUGGCGGGGCCUGGAUGCAGAUGAUUGGACUGCGGCCCUGCUGAGCAGGGGCCGGAGCCGCCAGCCGCUGGUGCUAGGGGACAACUGCUUUGCCGACCUCGUGCAUAACUGGAUGGAGCUGCCAGAGGCGACUAGUGAGGCGGGUGCCGGGGGUGGGCCCCGUGCCCGUCCCCGGCCCCCACAAUUCCUGCUUGGCCUCUCUGAGCAGCUGCGGCGAGGACUGGCUGGGGCCCGGCGGGCUGCCAUGGCGGGAAAGCGGCUGUCAUGUCCACCUCGCCCGGAACCGGAACUGUCUGCAGAUGCCUCCCGCUUUGCUGCCCUGAUGAGCUGCCGCAGCCGCCAGCCCAUCAUCUGCAAUGAUGUCAUCGGCUACCUCUGACCCUGCCCUCCAGCCUGGGGACAAUAAAGGCCUUUCUCUGGACUGUCCGGCUCCAUCUCCCUGGGGCUACCGGAAACCGCCUCAGUUGCGGUGCGAUCCAGAGAAGGCAGAGAACAUCGUCCCUCCAGGGGGAGCUCCCUG